GCGCUUAAUCUUUUUUUAUUCUUUGAAAUGGCCUACUGCUGUAAUUUCUGGGGGAUGGGAGGAACAUGCCUUUUUUGUAGAGAGACUUUUACAUCAUUUAUAACAAAGACCAAAAGUUGUAAUUAUUGAGUAUGAUGUCAGAAGGAGCAUCUGCAGUGUUCUAACAAUAUAUUUUUAAUGUACUGAUCAGUUAAUUAAAAAUGUUUUGAUUUUACUGUUGAAAUGAUCUAUAAAGAAACAGCUUAAAAUAUUUCUUUUUAUGACCAGCUCACUGUAAACGUUGUCAUUAUAUUUUAGCUACCACUGGGCAGUAUAGAGAAACAUAUAUUUUAAAUUUUAAUUUCUCUUUAAUAUUUACUAAUCUGGUAGGGUAGGUACCUGGAUUUCAAACACUCCAGGACUGGGACUGAUUUUUUUUAUAGAAAAUUGCCAUCUUUCAUGGAAAAAUUAUUCUAAAUAAACUAUCUUUACUUUGUAUGUAUAUAGGCAAAUUAGCUGUUUGAUUUGUGUGGGUGGGAAAAAAUGCUUUAUUUUUAAUACCGUGUUUAAAAAAAAAAAAAAAAGCAAUCCUGAAUUAGAAAAGAUGCAUCUUCCAAAUUGUUUUACUUUAUAUUACUUGAAUUCCUUCUGUCUUUUAUGCCUGUGUGCUUUUAGUACUUCACAAGUGAUGGCAUCUUCACCAUUUGAAGUAGGAAAUGGUUUGUGUGUUUAAAAUAAGAACUGGAAACAAAUGAUGAGAUAUGUGUUAAUCAGAAAUCAAAUAGUACUCGGCUUGUCCUCAGCUCUGUGUUUGUUUGUUCUUCUCAUGUUUAGGAGCUAUGCAACCUGAAUCAGCCAUGUCAGAAACAGUCAGCAGCCUUAACAUUUCCCACUGUGUGACCAUGUAAAAGGGACAAUAAUUCUGAGGAUUGCCUAGGAAACUGCCUUGCUUGGGUGCCAUUUAGAAAUGAAGCAGAGAUCAUCUUUAGACUUGGAUAUAUUUCUGUUUGGCAGUAGCUUAAUGCUCUGGCUCUGGAGUCUUAGGGAGAGAUGUCUGCAGCUAAGGCCGGUUUAAUGUGCGCUAUUGAAAAGGCCUUUAAAUUUCCUUGGCAUUUAAAUCAGAAUAGGUGGCAAAAAAGCUCUGUCUGUUCAGCAGGGGCUCUAAGUCUCUAAAAUCCGAUGCUCGUUUUCCUCUGGAUUUCAGGUGGGAGUUUCUAGUACUUCUGACUAGUACUAGUUAAAUUAUUUGUUUCCUCACAGGCCAAAGCUCAAAAUAGGUACAAAUUUCCACCAUCUUUCAAAUUCUAUUAUGCAGGCAGUGAUUGGAAUCUGAGUGCUCGUAGGCACUGUGUGGAAAUAUCAACUCGCUAUGAACCAUUCCACUAAGUUACAGUGUGAUUCUUCAUUGAGAUACCUUUGAGUUCUUCAUUAUCUCACGUGUAUAUGGCAAGCUCUAGGAACGCGGAUUUCUACUACUACUUCAGUUGUUCUCAUAAACAAGGGGCAGAGAACUUGGACUAGUAAUGCAGCAAUAGAAUGUUUAGGAGGGAAAAAAAAAAAAACAGAACAAAAUGUAGUUUUUCUUUAUGUUGGGUCAGUGUGCAUCAGAUCUGGUAAAGGCGUUUCCUUUGUACUUCGUGUAUGGCUCUGAGUUGUGUGCUGCUGCUUAACCAUUCCGUGCAUUGUUUGACUGCAGCCAUUAUUGGAUUGCAUGAAUGUAAAUGGGAAUUCUCUGAAAUAAGAGCUGUGCUAGAACAAUGUGCGCGUUGCCCUCGUGAUGUACUUAUUUACUUUCUGGCUAUCAACUGCUCCAAGUUCUCUUGCUUUAGGACAACGUCCUUUAAGACAAUCUUGUCUGUGUGAUGUCACCGACAGCAUAACGAUUUAUCAGCUUUUCAAUAUUACUUUCUGUGCAGAAGUGUGAGAGGUGGGAUUUCUUUCAGAGACGAAUUGAAUUAAAAACUGAAGUUCUUGUAGGCUGUUGUAUGAAUUCUCAUUGUCCUCCUCCUACUUUUUCACCUUAUCGGAUCCUUUGUCAUAAAAGGUGUAUUUUAAACUGAGCUCUCACUGUAGAAUGGCGUAUGUCGCCCCAAUUGCGGUGCCUCCUCCCUCCUGCGUGGUGGGAUGGGGGAGGGGGAAAACAACAACAACAACAAAAAAGCAUUGUGGCUAUUGAAGAAGUGUCAUAGUUCACGUUCCUCCCAAGACGCCAGUCUUGGUUCUCAGGGACUGCCUUCUUGCAACAGCCAUUAAAAUGAAUGGGAUGUGAAUGCGGGGAAGCCCGGGACGCCCGAAGCGUUGUGUCGUGCCUCGCGGCGGGCGGCACAGAGGGGGCUGCGCGUGCCGCCGUUCCUUUCCCGGCCGCCUUUCCAUGCUGGGGCCGGAACUCGGCCGCGGCCCGCCGGGCGUUGGUGCCGCCCCGCGGAGCGCUGCCGGAAGAGCGUGCGGAAGGGGCGGGCGACGGCGCGGCCUGCACCAUGGUGGCCACCAGGCGGGCGGCGCGGCGGCGGGAUGCGGCGGCAUCCGGGGGCGACGGGCCCGGGCCCGGCGGCGCGACGGAGACAGUACCUGCUGAAAUUGGUACUUCGGUAUCUACAAGGAUGUCCACAAGGAGUAAAGCAAUUUGUAAACCUGAUGUAAUUCAGGAAUCUCAGCUGGAAGAGGUGGACCAUGCAGGAACAAAACCAGAUGUCAGUGAUAGCACAGAGAUGCAAAUUGGUAGAAAUGGGAAUACAGCUGUUCAAGCUGUUCAUUCAGCACAAUCUUCUGCCGAUCCACAGGCUGAUGGGGAUGUGUCAGAGACAGAAUCGAACUGCUCUGCUGUGUCUGGUCUUCAGACACCUCUCUUUAUCAGAGUAACAAGAAGGCGGCAAAUUGUAGUUCCUUAUCAACCGACUUCUCCUGCCAAAAAAAGACAUGACAGGACUGCUUUUCUAAACGAGUUAAGCAGGACUGUGGAUGAAGAUGAUGUCUCUGAAGCUGAGUCUUGCUCUUCUGCUGUUUCUGAUGUCCGGAUGCCUAAUGUUACCAGAACUACAAGAAAAAGGCAAAGCAAGAAGAAGUUGCAAUCAGAUCCAGUUUGUGAAGCCCAGAGUGAAGAUGUCUCUGAUGCGGAGUCAUGCUGUCUUCAUAUGAAGCCAUCCAGUACUACCAAACGAACUACAAGGAGCAUGAGAAUGAAACUGCAAGCAGAAAAUACUCAGCAUGCUGAGAAAGUAAACAAAAUAAUUGAGGACACAAUUAAAUCUGAGUCAGACCUAAUUUCUGAUUCUAGCCCUGCUGCAGAAUUUAACACAGAAGUUGCUUCCUUUGUCACUGAGUGUAAUAAAGAAUCUGGUUCACCUAAGAGCAAAUGUUCUCCCAAAUCUGCUAAUGUGAUCCCAAGUGAAAACAUGAAACAGGACUUUUUGAAUGAUACGAUACCCAGUAGUCCUAAAAAAAUGGAAGAAAAAAGUACUACUGAAUCACCAGUAAAAAAAGCAUUAACAGAUAUUCAGGUUGUUGAGGUAGAUGAUUCAGAAGAAGAAAGUGGCCAGAUGCAGGAAGAGCACAGCAAAGUACCAGGGGAGGUGACAUUAAAGAACAUGGAUGUUCGUUUGGUUGACUGCAUGAGUCCCAAACUGUUUUUAGAAUCCCCAGGGGAAAUAACACCAAAUGAAAAUAAAACAGUUCCAGGAAACAGAAGAGUAGAUGCUGAGGCAGCUGUACAGAGGCCUUCUACCCAUGCCUGUGGAUUAAGAAAGGGUGAACGGUGUAGUGCAGUGAGCAGCUCAGGGAAGGAUGUGUCUGUUGCACAAAUGACUGAUAGCAUAGUUAGUAGCUGUAGAAUGGUUGGAAUCAGUGUAGACAGCAGUGAAGACCAAACAAGAGAACGUGCUGAAUUUGUGUCCCACAGCAGCGAAAGAUCCAGUGGUGAAAAUGAUUCCUUUGCAUUGUUUCUGAGUAGAGAUGGAAGUGGUGAAUCUGAGAACAGUGACGCAAUAGAAGAGAAUCUGAGUGACGCAGAGGCAGAUGAGAGGACUCCUUCCAUGAACAAAUCUUUAGAAAAGAAUUCACUGCACGUUGAAGGGCUUUUUGUAAUUGAUACUGAACCUGGGAUGGGUUCCAGCCAAAAGUAUUAUCUAGAUCAGGUAGGCCAAGGUAGUGAUUUUGAAAGUAAGCAUGAAGAGAGUGAAAAAGUUGAAUCCUCGGAUCUAGAAGAGGCUGAAGAGGAACUAAUAGAUGAAGAUGAGAAAGAUGAAGAUGAUGAUUUGUUGAAAAAUAAAAUAGAUGUUUUGCAUCUUUCCAGCAGCAUAGACCCUGGUUUGAAUAUCAGGAAGCUUGGAGGUUUAUAUAUUAGUUUUGAUGGAAAAAAACAAAAACCUAGUUCAAGUGUAAUGGAGCAACUGAAGGAGAAGAAGAAGGACCAGCUCUUGCAGAAGAGUAUAAUAACUCCGGAUUUUGAAAGAAAGGAAUGUGUCCCACCCUUCAGGGAAUCGCUUCAGCAGCUAAAGAAACAGCGCAGAGCAGAGCGAGAGAAGACAACAGGUGAUGGCUGGUUUGGUAUGAAAGCCCCAGAAAUCACAAGUGAACUGAAAAAUGAUCUUAAGGUCUUGAAGAUGAGAGCUUCUUUGGACCCCAAGCAUUUUUAUAAGAAGAAUGAUAGAGAUGGUCUGCCCAAAUACUUCCAGGUUGGAACUGUGGUUGAUUCUCCCAUAGACUUUUAUCACAGUCGAAUUCCUAAGAAACAGAGGAAGAAAACAAUUGUUGAAGAGCUGCUUGCAGAUUCAGAGUUUAGAAGAUAUAAUAAAAGGAAGUAUCAGGAGAUCAUGAGUGAAAAAGCAGCUUAUGCAGCAGGGAAGAAGAAUCGGAAGAAGAAGAAAUUUCACAAUUAAGACUUGAAGAAAAAUAACAAGCUGGAACAACUUAAUUGUCAUAAAAACUCUUCUCAGAUUGCUUUGA